AAACGUAUAACCCAAAUAGCAACACUGUAAUAGUGUUCUUUGAAAAUUACAGUUACUUUCAUAUUAUGUUUUUUUGUAAGCAACACGUCAUGUUUAUUAAAUGGAAGUACCAAAAACUUCAAAAUAGUUUGCAAGAAGUUGUAAAUAAUAUUAAGAAACGUCAACUAGAAAAUCACAUAUCUAAAAUACGAGACAUAGAAAAUCUUUACAUGGAAUUACGUCGUUCAGUUGAAAACUUCAACCAUUUAUUUGGUUGGCCAAUAUUGCAAACAAUUGUAUAUAUCUCAAUGAACAUAUUGCUUUUAUUAUACACUAUAAUAUUUGAUAAGUCGUUUCGAAAUAUUGGAUACUGGUAUUCUAUUUACAUAUAUAUACUGGUCGAUAUAUCAGUUUAUUUGGCAAUUACUAUAAAUAUAAUUGUCUCAUGUGAAAAAGCAAAAAGGCAAGGUGACAAAAUGCUAUCAUGGACAUUCAGUCUCCUAACUAAGAUUCCAGAUAGAAAUAUCCAGGAAAAACAGGAAAUGCUGUAUCUGACAAAAGUGGUGUCUUAUUCGAAACCAUCAUUUUCUGCUGCUGGUUUGUUUCAAGUAAAGAAAACUGUACUGUCUGCAAUUGUUGGUACCCUGACUACCUAUUUCAUUGUUAUUGUACAAUUCAUUGAUUUGUAGAUGUUUUAAUACUUGAAUGUAAUAAAAUUUAUAUAAUUCUAGGCAAUAUAUUAUAAUUUUCAUUAA